UUCAUCUCCUCUCCUGUUUCUGAAGUUGAAAGUCCUGAGUUUUCUCGAAUCUUCGGGAACUCGAGAUCCUAAUUUAGCUGGUUCCUUAUUCCCCAAAAGUUGUAGCAAUCAGCCAUGGCUGGAGGAGGAAACUUUAUUCAUAGGGUUAUUUCUUAUGUAGCCAACGAAUUGAUCGUCAAUGGACUCGCCAACAGCCCUGGUUUCCAAAGAUUUGCUGUAAGGACCUCGAGGAGAAUGGAGGAUCUAUCUAAAAUGGCUGAGCAAAAGAAGAGAGAAGUUGCUGACCUGAUCAAGGAUGUGUCCAAAAACUCCGAGUCUUUCAAGAACCAGUGACUUGGCAGGAAGGUGUAAGGAUGUACAUAGUUGCUUUUUCUUUUUCCUCUCCCAUACUAAUAUGAUGAAGAAAAUUGAGUCCUCAUAGCUGUGUGAUUACAAGAUCUCAAGGAUAAUUGCAGUUCUGUGAUGUGGCUGUUGUUGCAUACGGCGGUGUGGAAGUGAUCAUGGUAGUAACACUAUAAUAUUGUUGCAUUUUUAGUGUUAUUUGAUUUCGUAUGUUUGUUGCUUUUGUGAUGUCUCAAUAGAACUCCCUUGGAUCUCCUGUAAGGGAUUACAUUGUCAAUUUUAAAUAAUGUCUCUACACGGUAUGAGAAAUUAGUGCACUUCUUCCCUUA